AUGCCGCGCGGCUUUCUCGUCAAGCGCAGCCGGCGCCCCGGCGGCUCCUACCGGGCGCGCCCGCGGGAGCAGGACCCGGACCAGGACCAUGCCCCGCCGCCCGCCCCACCGCCGCCCCUGCCGCCUGCCGACAGGGGUAGUCCUGCUGCCAGGCAGGGGGCGGAGGAGGAGGAAGGCGAGGAAGAAGAGGGCACCGCCGCCACCGCUGCCUGUCCCGCGACGUGGCCCCCCGGCGGCGGCAGCGGCCCUGGGCUCGCCCCGCCGGAGGGGCCGUCCGCCUGGGGGGCGGCGGGGCCCUGCAGCGCCGCGGGGCCGCGGGCGGCUCUCUUCGAGCGGUGCCUCAGCUCCCCCGCCUCCGCCGAGUCCUUUCCCCUGGCUGCCUCCUUCCCGCCCGCCGAGAAGCUGCUGCUGCAGCCCCGCACGCCGCUGCCCGCCCCGCCGCCGCCACCGCCUGUGCCCGCGCUGAAGCGGCCGUCGCGGGCCAAGGCGCCGGCCAAGAAGGCGAAGGCCACGCGGAAGCUGAGCUUUGCCGACGAGGUGACCACCUCUCCCGUGCUGGGGCUGCGCAUCAAAGAGGAGGGGCCCGACGGCCGGCCGAGGUCGGGACCGCCGGCGGGGCGCACGCCGCUGGGCGAGUUCAUCUGCCAGCUGUGCAAGGAGCAGUACGCGGACCCGCUGGCGCUGGCGCAGCACCGCUGCUCUCGCAUCGUGCGCGUCGAGUACCGCUGCCCCGAGUGCCACAAGAUCUUCAGCUGCCCCGCCAACCUGGCCUCGCACCGGCGCUGGCACAAGCCGCGGCCCGUCCCCAGCGCCGACGGCUCGGCAGCCGCCGCCGCCGCCCCGCCGGGCAAGGAGAACAGCCCCGAGCGGCGGUCCCGCGCCCCCGCCGCGGCACAGCCGCAGCCGCCGCCCCGUCAGCACCGCGGCGGCGCGGACAGCGCCAGCGGUGCCCCGCUUCCCCCCGGCCCCGCCGCCGCCAGCCCCGGCGGGGAAGCCUUCGCCUGCCCCUGCUGCCAGAAGCGGUUCCGGCGGCAGGCUUACCUUCGCAAGCACCUGGGCACCCACGGGCCCGCGCGGCCCGCUGCCUACGUCCCGCCGGAGCACGGGCAGCUCGCCUUCGCUUGCCACCUCUGCGGCGCCCGCUUCCCCUCGGCGGACAUCAGGGACAAGCACCGGCUGUGGCACGCCGUGCGGGAGGAGCUGCUGCUGCCGCCGCCGGCCGGGCCCCCCGAGGGCGGCGCGGCAGGCGGCGAGCGGCAGGGCUUCCCCUGCAAGCAGUGCCCCGCUACUUUCUUCAGCGCGCCCGGGCUGGCGCGGCACGCCAGCAAGUGCCAUCCGCCCGAGAGUCGGCAGGUCCUGCUGCUCCAGGUGCCCGUCCGGCCCGGCUGCUAG